GGAUGUCUUCUGAAAAUGGAAAUUUAAUAUUUUCAGUGAGCCAAGUAAAAAAUAUUGAGUUUAAGACCGGUUCCUAUGGGAAAAUUAAAUUGAAUGAUGCUGAUCUCUCUGAACUUCUGACUCAGAUAAGUAUAAAUAAAGAAGAAAUUGCUGUAGUGAAAGCCAGUGUCAUUGGAAACAAUAAGACUGUUACGCACCAGAUUGCUCAACUGAACACAAAGUUAACAAGUAUUGAAAACAGAAUUGAAACCUUGCAACAGACCAUCAGCCGGAAGGUGUGCAGUAGUAACCCAUGUCAGAAUUCAGGGACGUGCCUCAAUCUCUUGGAUUCCUUCUUCUGUUUGUGCAACAGUAAAUGGCAGGGCCCCACUUGUGCUGAUGAUGUGAAUGAAUGUCAGCUUUAUGCUGGGACUGCUCUGGGCUGCCACAAUGGAGGCACAUGUGAGAACACACCUGGAAGUUACAGCUGCUCCUGUUCCCCAGAGUGGUACGGUCCACAGUGCACCUCAAGGUAUGACGACUGCAAAGCAGGCACCGCAGUGCUGUGUGGCCAUGGAGUAUGUGUAGAUUUAGAGAGAGUUGAGAAAGAUCAGCCCAAGUACAGCUGUGUCUGUGAUACGGGAUGGAUGUCACCUGAUGGAUCUCCUGCAUGUACUGAGAAUAUUGAUGAAUGCGCCCAGCCCAGUCCUCCCUGCUCCCAGAAUCCUCCAGUGCAGUGCUCUGACACAUUGGGAUCUUUCACAUGUGGCUCAUGCCCAACAGGUUGGAUUGGAAAUGGAUACAGCUGUCAAGAUAUUAACGAGUGUGAGACGGACAACGGUGGCUGUUCUGUGGCCCCACUGGUGAGAUGUAUGAACACAAUGGGCUCCUUUCACUGUGGCCCCUGUCCGCCAGGUUAUGAGGGGGAUGGACGGACGUGCAGUCAGAUAGAUGCCUGCUCAGUGCAUAAUGGAGAUUGUCACCCGCUGGCUUCCUGUGCUCCAAGGGAAGAGGGUCUUCUGCCAGUGUGUGUCUGCCCUCCUGGAUACGCUGGCAAUGGAUACGGGGCAAGUGGCUGCCUGUCUGUCAGUGACAUUUGCCAGAAACACAAUCCUUGUGUGAAUGGGGUGUGCAAGCCCAGCGUCUCUAACUACAUAUGUGAGUGUUAUCCAGGAUGGGACGGCUCCAACUGUACAGAGAACAUUGAUGAGUGUUCCAGCAGCCCGUGUCAGAAUGGCGGUAGCUGCCUGGAUGGGAUCAAUAGUUACACAUGUAACUGCACCAGCGGGUGGACUGGGUUCCAUUGUGAAACUCAAACACAAGCUUGUGGAGGUGUUUUGAGCAGUUUAAACGGGACGUUGAGUUACCCCAACAAUCCAGGCAAUGAGUCGUAUGGUCACAUGAUGAGCUGCUCUUGGGUCAUAAAGACAGAAGCAAACAAGAUUUUGAGGAUUACGUUCCCGUAUUUCAGUUUGGAGAACAGUCCCAGGUGCAGCUUUGAUUUCCUUCAAAUUCAUGAUGGGGAAUCGAUGUCAAGCUACAUGCUGGGGAAGUUUUGUGGGAGCACAGUGCCCGAAGAACUCUUCAGCUCCCACAAUGCCUUAUAUCUCUGGUUUAGCUCAGAUCACCUGUUCACCGCUGGGGGAUUCCGGAUUACUUGGGAAUCUCGUGAACCAGACUGUGGGGGACAACUAUCAGAUCCUCAUGGAUCCAUCGUCUCCCCGGGUUAUCCCGGCAACUAUCCUCCUAGCCGAGACUGUUACUGGGCUAUCUCCACCGACCCCGGUCUCUACAUCACCUUCGCCUUUGGUACAUUAAGUCUGGAAACACAUCCUAACUGUGAGAAUGAUUACCUGGAGAUCCGAGAUGGGCUUCUGCCGGAACACCCAGUCCUUGGGAAAUACUGCAGCACCCAGUCACCCGCUCCUCUCCAGACCUCCGGCCCCUACGCCUGGGUGCAUUUCCAUUCAGACAGCACUCUAACAGACAGAGGAUUUCAUAUCAACUAUGUAACAUCACCCUCUGGCCCUUCCUGCGGAGGAAACUUCACAGAUACUGAAGGCUUCAUUGUGUCUCCCUCAUGGCCCAAUGCUUAUACCGGCAACAAGCAGUGUAUAUAUAUUGUCACACAAACACCCGAUGAUCUGAUCAAUCUAAGAUUUACUGACCUGGAUUUACAGAGUACCACCGGGUGUUCCCUUAGUCUUAUGGAGAUUAGAGAUGGGACUACAGAGAUGGCACCUUUGAUUGGAAGAUACUGUAACAGCACAAUACCAGCUCCAAUCACAUCAAGUUCAAACACACUAUGGAUAAAAUUCAAGUCCGAUGCUUCUGCGACAAAAGCCAGUUUCCGAGCUUUCUAUCAAGUUGCGUGUGGGGGUACACUGUCUGGAACCGGAGUCAUUCAUACCCCUCAUUAUCCCAAUGCAUACUAUCGGGAGAGGACCUGUGAGUGGACUAUCACUCAGCCAGAGGGAAACGUGGUUCUGUUUAAUUUUGACUCAUUUAAUCUCUUGAUGGGAACAGCGUGUAGCUCAAAUUAUGUAGAGUUGAGAGAUGGCCCUUCUAAAGAAUCUCCUGUCAUUGGAAAAUACUGUGGUCCAGAGGUGCCUCCACCCGCUUAUUCCACACAGAAAGGCCUCUAUGUCAAGUUUGUUACUGAUGCCUCCGCCAGUAAUCAUGGUUUCUCAGCUACAUAUAGAUCUCUGAUUGAAGGCUGUGGAGGAACACUUACCAGCCCUGAGGGCACCAUCACCAGCCCAGGUUACCCCAGCAUGUAUCCACAUGGCACCCGCUGCACGUGGUAUAUCUCAGUUCAGCCUGGGAAUCUAAUACGCCUCACCUUCACAGCAUUUAAUCUCGAACAAGCCUAUGUGUGCCAAUUUGAUUAUUUGGAAAUAUAUGAUAACGCAACGGGUACUACAGGAAACAAAAUUGGAAGAUACUGUGGCAGGUCCAUCCCCCCAUCUAUGACCAGCAGUGACAACAGGAUGGUUGUAUUGUUUGUUACAGAUUCAUCCACGGCUCUGGAGGGCUUUUCUGCCAGCUAUAUAUCCAUCAAUGCAUCUACUGCCUGUGAUGCAGCUUACACACAAGAGACCGGUGUGGUCUCCUCUCCAAACUAUCCCAACAACUAUCCCAAUAAUAGGGAAUGUGUGUACACGCUGACUGCCGACAUCAACAAACAGAUUAUGCUGAACUUCACCCACUUCAGCCUGGAACGGACGUCUGAUUGCAUAAAGGACUAUGUGGAAUUAAGAGAUGGAGGCUACCAUAUAUCCCCAUUACUCGGCCGGUUUUGCAGUGGAUUGCCCCCGGUAGUUAUUUCCCACAGUAAUAGACUUUGGAUAAAAUUCAGAAGUGAUUCCAGCUACACAUCUACUGGAUUUGCAGCCCAUUGGGAAAGCGCCACUACAGGUUGUGGUUCAACACUAACAGCGUUGUCUGGCGGUUUCACCUCUCCAAACUACCCCAUGCCGUAUUACCAUAACUCUGAGUGUUACUGGCUGCUGAAAGCCUCUAGCGGGAGCCAGCUCGAGAUUCGUUUUGAAGAUUUUAAUUUGGAAGCUCACACCAAUUGUAAUUCAGAUUAUCUCGCCGUCUACAAUGGCAACAGCACAAAUUCAGUUCUGCUGCAAAAACUCUGUGGAAAGUCCCUUCCAGCUCCAAUCCGCUCUACCGCAAGUGCUAUGUACGUGAAAAUGAGGACGGAUAGCUUUGCGUCAUUUAGCGGAUUCCUGGCCACAUACAGGCAGAUUUGUGAAGGCGUCUUGAUAAGCAAUCGCAGCCAUGGCAUCUUGGAGAGUCUAAAUUACCCAAAUUCCUAUCCUCCCAACCAACACUGCAACUGGACAAUACAGACAACUACCGGGAACACAAUCAACUACACAUUCAGAACCUUCCAACUAGAAGGAAGCUACUGCAAUUAUGAUUAUCUUAAGCUGUACGAUGGGCCUAAUGAUCAGGCCAGACUCAUUGGGACGUACUGUGGGGACCAACCACCUCCAGGUAGCAGCACUAACGGCACCAGCCUUCAUGUUGUCUUCCAGUCAGAUGGCACCACCUCACGUCAAGGAUUUCAGCUAAUGUGGAAUGUUAAUGGAUGUGGUGAAGAUCUGUCUGGUCCCAAUGGUUCCUUCAGCAGCCCUGGUUAUCCUAUGAAUUAUCCAAACAACAAAGAAUGCAUCUGGUACCUGACCACGUCACCGGGAAGCAGCAUCCAGAUCAGCAUUGUGGAGUUCAAUAUAGAGUUCCACCCAACAUGUGACUAUGAUGUGCUGGAGAUUUAUGGGGGUCCUGAAUUGUCCUCCCCCAGGCUGGCUCAGCUGUGUACAUCAAGAGCACCCGGGAAUCCACUGCAGGUCUCCAGCACAGGGAAUACAGUUACAGUGCGCUUCAAGACUGACAGCACUAGUAACGGCAAAGGGUUUAAUGCUACUUGGCGUGAAGUCCCUGGAGGCUGUGGUGGCGUUUUUCAAACCUCUAAUGGAGAGAUCCAUUCUCCAAACUAUCCGAGACCCUACAAUGACAACACCGAGUGUUCCUGGGUGAUUAAAGUGGAUACGGGGCACAGAGUUUCCCUCAACUUUACAGACUUUGACAUUGAAUAUCACACGUCCUGUAACUAUGACAGUGUCACAGUGUAUGACGGUGAAACCAGUGAUGCCCGUCUUCUUGCAACUCUCUGUGGAAGCCAACUUCCCGGUGUAAUUACAUCUACUCAGAGCAUCAUGUUUGUCCGCCUGCGGUCUGAUCACAGUGGGCAGCAUAAAGGCUUCAGCGCCCGCUUUAGUGAAGCAUGUGGAAGCACUAUUACAACUGCGUCUAUUGGCGGAGUUAUUUCCUCUCCAUUAUAUCCAGCCAAGUACCCAAACAAUCAGAACUGUACAUGGAUUAUCCAAGCCCAGGAUCCUUUCAACCACGUCACCAUUUCUUUUACGGACUUUGAAACUGAAGACAGCAGAAAUUGUUCUAAAGAUUUUGUAGAGAUUUUAGAUGGGAAUAAUUAUGAAUCUCCUUCAAAAGGUCAUUAUUGUGGUAAUUUAAUUCCACAUCCUGUGACGUCUUUCAGCAAUGCACUCGUACUAAAAUUUGUGUCCGAUGACUACACAAGUGGCAAAGGGUUCCACGCCACCUACUCCGCAUCAACAUCAGCAUGUGGAGGCGUUUUACACAUGGACACUGGAGAAUUCAACAGUCCCAGCUAUCCGGAAAAUUAUCCAGCAAAUACGGAGUGUGUUUGGAACAUCCUCAGUUCUCCUGGCAACCGGCUCAUGCUGUCUUUCAUAUCAUUCUCUCUGCAAAUGAGUGAAAACUGUUCAUUAGAUUACGUGGAAAUCAGAGAAGCAAAUGAAACGGGCAUUUUUCUGGGGCGCUUCUGUGGAAAUACAUUGCCAAGUAACGUUUCUUCCAUUAUUGGUCAUAUUCUUUGGAUUAAGUUCGUAUCUGAUGGCUCUAUCAGUGACUCUGGAUUAAGAGCUACUUUCUCUCAUUUGUUUGGAAACAAUAUAGAAGGAACCUACGGGCAAAUUGCGUCUCCCUUAUGGCCCAGGCAGUAUCCACAUCAUUCUAACUACGUGUGGAGAAUUAAUGUGGAGUCAGGACGGAUCAUUGAGAUUAGAAUUUUGGAGAUGGACAUUGAAGGCCACACAACUUGCAGUUCUGACAAGUUGCGAAUAUACGAUGGACCAGACAUUCACUAUCACGUAAUUGGCACAUAUUGUGGAGUUAUGGAGCCUCCUUCCCUCUUCUCCUCUGGCAGCUCUGCAACAGUUCAGUUUACAAGUGACAGCACUAUAAGGAAAAAGGGUUUCCUGUUGGAAUGGACGGCAAUCGACAUAUCACCCGGACCAGUGCCUAAUAUUACGCAAGGUGCAUGCGGAGGAGUUUUGAGAACCGGAGAAACACCUUUAUUUGUCUUCUCACCUGGAUGGCCCAAUCAGUACGCUCCAAACCUCAUGUGCACCUGGGUCAUCAGGUCUCCAGAAUCCACAGUGGAGCUGAAUCUCCUGUAUGUGGAUAUAGAGGCCCACGGCACAUGUAACUAUGAUAGGCUCGUCAUCAGAGACGGAGACAACAACCUUGCACCAGAACUUGCUGUUGUCUGUGGCAGAGAGGCUCCGGGGCCGAUCCGAUCAUCUGGAGAUAGCAUGUUCCUGGUCUUUUCCUCCGAUACAAGUGUUUCUGGAGGAGGCUUUAAUGCAUCUUAUCAUAAAAGCUGUGGUGGAUAUUUACAUGCAAAUAGGGGGCUGAUAACUUCACCAAAUUACCCAGAAAACUACGCGCCCAGCCAGAACUGUACCUGGCACGUGGUGGUCACUGCUGGCUUCACAGUUGCCGUGCAUUUUGAGCAAACAUUUGAAAUACAAAACAAUGAUGCUGCUUGUCACAGUGGGGACUACAUAGAGCUGAGAAAUGGUCCCGAUGAGUCGUCCCCCCCUCUCGGGAACACUGCCAGCAAUGGAAAGUUCUGUGGAGGGAACGCUCCGUCCAGCUUGCACAGCACAGACAAUGAGCUACUUGUCCGAUUCAUCUCCGACGCCAGUAAUGAGGGCAAAGGAUUCAAACUCAAAUACGAGGCAAAAAGUUUAGCAUGUGGAGGAACCAUUUAUGUCAGUGACUCCAAUCCCAAUGGAAAUAUUAUAUCACCGAAUUAUCCUGCUAACUAUCCACAAAAUAUGGACUGUGUAUGGGUCAUCAUAGUGCCAGACGGCAAAGCGGUACAGCUGGACUUCCAAGAUCAGUUUUACAUUGAACCGUCUGACAGCUGCAGCACCAGUUACCUGGAACUAAGAGACGGUGUGGAUUCCAGUAAAAGGCUCAUUGCAAAGCUGUGUGGAAACACAUUGCCAGUCACCUACAAAUCACUGGGCACUGCUAUGUUCCUGCGGUUUAGAACUGACAGCAGUUCACCCCGAAUAGGAUUCAAUGCGCAGUAUUCCAUUGCUGCUUGUGGAGGAACGCAUUUUGGACAAAGUGGUAUAAUCCAGAGCCCUGGUUACCCUACACACAAUUACCCAGACUCCUCUUUGUGUGAAUGGUUCUUCAAUGGCCCAACAGGGCACUACCUCACCAUUACAUUUCAGUCUCUGGACCUUCAGAAUUCUUCAAACUGUUUAAGCGACUAUGUGGAAAUCCGGGAAUAUAAUGCAUCUGGGAAACUACUGGGUAUAUUUUGUAACACCACCGUACCUGAUGGAUUGAGGACCUCUGACAGUUUUGCUUAUGUGAAAUUUGUGAGCGACAGAUCUGAGAACGCCAAGGGAUUCCGACUAAGCUAUGAUGCAAGUGUUGAAGAAUGCGGCGGAGACAUCAGUGGCGAUACCGGGACCAUCAGCUCUCCUAAUUAUCCCAACUUGUACCCUCACAGUCGUGUUUGUGAAUGGAGAAUAACUGUGCCGGAGGGGAGACGUGUAACACUGACUAUUAAUGACCUACAGCUGCAAGACCACCAGAACUGUGACUACGAUUAUAUAGCUGUGUACAAUGGUUACCACAGCCAGUCGCCUCUUUUGGAUAAGCUCUGUGGCAACGUGGAACCAGAAACAGUGGUCAGGUCUUCUGGCAGGACGAUGAAAGUGUCAUUUGUCACUGAUGGAUCUGUCUCCAGUGGCGGAUUCCGUGCUACAUUUACAUCAAUUGAGGAUGCCGUUUGUGGAGGGUAUCUGGUGGAAUCUACGGGAGGUAAUUUCACAUCGCCUGGCUAUGACCUGGUCACUAAUUACACAAAGAACCUGUACUGUGAAUGGAUUAUCCAAAACCCAAAUACCUCUACUACGUACAUCGACUUCAAGAGACUGCAGCUGGAAAGGCACCAGAACUGCCAGAAUGACUUUAUAGAGAUGCGUUUAGAUGAUGCAGAGGGGGAGGUCAUCAGCAGGCUAUGUGGAAGGAACAUGCCGUCAGUCCCUCUGGCUGUUGUGGCUUCUCAGAUCUGGGUGGGCUUUGUAAGUAACGCACAAGUGGAGGACAUUGGAUUUCACGCGGAGUACUUAUUUACAGGCUGUGGGGGAAUUCAAAGUGGAGAAAGUGGAGUUAUAACAAGUCCCAACUAUCCUGGGAACUACCCUGGCCUGAGCCACUGUGCAUGGCAGCUGGAGGCCCUAGAAGGACACAUCAUCACUCUCUCCUUUGCAUAUUUUGACGUGGAAUACCAUUCAGUAUGUCGCUGGGACUCAGUCACAAUAAUAAAUGGUGUCUCCCCUGGGGCACCAAUUGUGGGACAGUAUUGUGGCACCAACUCCCCAGGAACGGUACAGUCUGGCUCUAACAAAUUAUUAGUCAUCUUCAAUGCUGACAGUACAUUGCACGGAGGAGGGUUUUAUGCCAACUGGACGUCAGACUCCUCAGGUUGUGGUGGUCACAUCCAUGCAGAUAAUGGCAACAUAAAAUCUCCAGGCUGGCCUCUGAAUUUUCCUGUCAACAGCAGGUGCACGUGGACGAUCCAGACUCAUGAGAGCAGCCAUUUUGAAUUGACGUUCGAUAACAACUUCCACAUACCAGACAGCAGUGGGCAAUGUCAGAGAAGCUAUGUGAAAGUAUGGAGUGGGACUGAGGAGACACAAGAGGUCCCAUUGUCCUCUGCAUGUGGGGACUCGGCACCAGGCCCUGUAGUCUCUCCAGGAAGCACAGUGAAAUUAAUAUUCCAGUCAGAAGAUGAUCCGGGAAGGGGUUUCUCAGCCAGGUUCCGCAGCAGAUGUGGAGCAAACUUCACAAAGUCAAGUGGUCGAAUUGUUUCGUUAAACUAUCCAAAUAAAUAUGAUAAUGACUUGAACUGCAACUAUACCAUCCACACUGAUGACAACAUGUUCAUUGUGCUGACCUUCCUGGCGUUUGAGUUGGAACACAGCUCUGACUGCAGUAAGGAUAAAGUGAGAAUAUUCAGUGGACCAUCAACUUCAACUUCAUCCCCAAUUGCAACACUCUGCGGUGACGCAGUUCCUGCUCCGGUCAGCAGUAGAGGGACAAUGUCAAUAAAUUUAUACACAGACUCUACUAUAACCAUGCACGGAUUUAUGGCAAGCUACAGAGUUUUCCCGUGUGGAGGAACAUAUAAUCGCACUUCUGGAAUCAUAAGGAGCCCAACACAUUCUUUUGCCGAUUAUCACAACAACAUGAACUGCACCUAUCACAUCACAGCACAGGAAAGCAGGAUUAUUGAACUAAAAUUUAACCAGUUUGAUGUAGAGGGAUCAUCCUCCUGUUUAUUUGAUUAUGUUGCUGUCUAUGAUGGGUCAGACAAAUACAGCCCAUUGGUCGGAAAGUUCUGCGGGAACGUUCCCCCUCCGGUUAUAAGGAGCUCCAGCAAUAACUUAUUCCUAGUCUUCCGGACUGAUAGUGAUAUCACAGCCGGCGGCUGGAGAGCAUCAUUCAGACAGACGCUAGGACCCUUACAAGGCUGUGGUGGUUACCUGACUAACGCAACUGGCUAUAUCGGCUCCCCAGAUUCAAAUCAGGAUGGGAAGUAUGACCAGAACCUGGAUUGUGUUUGGAACAUUGUUGCCCCUAUAAAUAAACUGAUAAACCUGACGUUCACUGCGUUCAUAUUGGAAGCAGAGUCCUGGGGAACAUGCAGAUAUGAUUUUGUCAAAAUUUUUGACGGUAGCAAUACAAAUAGUAGCUUACAAGGCACGUAUUGUGGCAGCAACUUGCCUGCAAAUUUUGUCUCUACAAGCAACACUCUGACAGUUUGGUUUAUCAGCGAUUCAACAGUACAGCGAUCAGGUUUCAAUGCUACGUAUGUUACUACUGACUUGUUAUGCGGUGGAACCUAUAAUGCAACAGCCACUUUGACAACUACAACAUCCCCGAAUUUCCCUAAUUCCUACCCACCAUUUACAACAUGCAUAUGGGUUAUUGAUUCUCCGGAAAAUGAGAACGUCAAGUUGAGUAUUCAGACCUUUCACCUCCAGGCUGGUGGAGACUGCGCUGAGAAUUACCUGGAGCUGAAAGACUUGCCCGUGGGUGACUUUGGGCAGGUCCAUAGAUUUUGUAGUGCUGAACACUUUAAAAUACCAGAGUUUUACUCUUAUGGACGCACAGCUGUCGUAACUUUUAGGUCCCAAGAAUACAUGAUUGGCAAUGGGCUCAGCUUUACGUAUCAAAUCAAAAAUUGCAGCCGGGAAUAUAACCAGUCAUUUGGUUACUUGCAAAGUCCAGGCUGGCCCGGGAAAUAUCCAUAUAAUACAGAAUGUACCAUAAUCCUUCGAGCUCCGGAGAACAGCUCAAUAGCACUUUUCUUCAAUUCAUUCCAUCUAGAAUCAAUGAUAGCAACAUGUCAGGACUUCCUGGAGGUGAGAAAUGGCAGCUCCCCAGAUUCUCCACUGAUUGGCACAUACUGCGGAAAUAAUAUUCCUAAUCCAGUAUUUCCAAAAAAUAAUAUUCUUCGGCUGUUUUUCAAAUCUGACAUUAUAAUGAAUGAAAAGGGCUAUGACAUUACAUGGACUUCGUCUCCAUCUGGAUGUGGGGGCACGGUGUUUGGAGACCAUGGUUCAUUUACCAGCCCUGAGUAUCCCGGCAGCUACAGCAACAACACAGAGUGUGAAUGGACAAUAGUGGCCCCUCUGGGGAGAGCAGUUACAAUACACAUUACUGACUUUAGCAUUGAUGAUUCAGGAGACUGCGAGAGUAACUAUCUCAGCAUAUACAAUGGGACCCUCCCUACUUCGCCAUUAAUUAGAAAGAUUUGCGGAUUGGAGGGAAACAUUGCUCCAGUCACUGUCACGUCUCAUCAGGUGCUCGUCAGGCUCCAUGCGGACUAUGCUAUAAUACGAUCCUAUGUCAGAGUGACCUGGAGCUCCUGAAACAGGGAAAUGCUAUUUGUAGACAUUUAAAUGAAAAUCCUGGACAAACAUUCCAUAUUACAUCAUUCCUGUAAAAGUAUAUGUAUUGCACAGCUAUCCAUUCUCUUAUAUUAAAGCAGAGCUAUUAUCGGAACAUAAAGUUUUUAUGUUGAAUAUAAUGAAACUUAAGUUAUAGCCUUAAGCCCUCAGUUAAUUGAUUUGCAAAUUGUUGUUAUUCCUUUUUUUCUGCUGCCUAAUAGUUGCAGAAGAACAUUCAUCAGAUUAUUUGCAGCACGAAGAGUCAUCUGUUCUGUAGAAUUCAGCAACAUAUACUGGAAGACUAAAGAAGAAAAGGGGUGCCAUUAAAUAGUUGUGUAAUAGUGGUCCCCCUCUUUUACUAUAUCUUAUAUGGUCAUUUCUUGCAUUUUGUACAUAUUACAUUGCUAUAACUAUAGAUAUAGAAUGUAGCAGCUAUCUGUAUAGAACAACCAUUGACGAGAAUCACAAUAAAACAGCAUAAACCUGGAUGAAAUCA